AUUUAUUCCAAAUUUGUAAUAAUGUUAAAUCAAACUUAUUAUGGAAUCGUCACAAAGAUAGGCGAUGUAUAUUAAGAUGAAUAUGGAGAUGAUUAUUAAGAAAUAACAUUUUCUCAAGUUCAUACAGAUAGAUAAAUUAAUGGUCGAAUAGUGAGUGUCAGAUUGCUUCACAGUUUUGUAGAUAGCAUAUAUGACAUGAUCAUUUGCCAAAAUUAUAGAAUAUUUAGUUAUGGUAAGGGUAACUAAAUAAGAUUGGAUAGAGAUUGGUAUACCUUUGCUGAAUAUGUUGGCAACCAAUCUUGUAAGAAUUUUGCAGAUGAAAGUAUGUAUGAUAGGAUGCUCUAAUAAUAAUCUAUCAGGAAGAGAAUAUCAAGGAGCCAAUCGAGAAUAGAUCAAUUUUUCAGAAGAAUCUGA